UUCUUUUUUUUAGUGGUAGAUCUUCAUCGGCAGGCUCGUAUUUUGGAGAAUCUUAUCGAUUCAAAACUGGUUGCCCUCAACAAAUUGACUGCAAGUUCAAUUAUUUGGACUUCAUUUUAUUCAUUUCAUCUCAAACCGAGAAAUAUUGUACUGGAAUUUAAGAUGUCUGAACAUCGAGAUAGUUCAAAUUAUGGCGGCUUGUCAAAUCCAACAUUACUACACACGUUGCAACGCCACCGGGAAAUUUUACGUGAUUGCACAGCAGAAUUCCAUCGAACACACGAAAAUAUCCGCACUCAAUUGGAACGUGAAAGCUUAUUAAAUAAUCGAAAUGAACGAAGUUGUAUAUUAAAUAACAGGGUUAAAGCGAGCGAUCUCUAUUUGAAAGAACAAGAGCAUAUUUCAAGCUGUGAUCGCCUUCUUGAUGAGCAAAUAAGUAUCGCUGUAUCAUCAAAGGAUUAUAUAAAUAAUCAAGGAAGAAGUUUGAGAGAAAUCAGCAAGAAAAUGAAUGCAUUAGCCAAGAAGUAUCCGAUGAUCAAUAGCAUUGCACAGAAGAUUCAAACCAAGAAACGUAAAGACAAAAUAAUUUUGGCAGCAGUAAUUUCGAUUUGUUUAAUUCUGUUGUUUUUAUAUGCAUCUAAUUCAUAA